AUGGGAAGCAAGCCUGGUUUUGAGCAAGAGCAUGUCCUCAUCGGCCGCUACAACCAAAACACUAUUUCGUGGGGCCUGAUUACCCUUCUGGUGUCUGUAUUGAUAGAAAACACCGCAUUGCGUCCACUUCCAUACAUCCAGUAUGAAUCGGGUCUCCCACAUGGCUGGGAAGUCCGCCACUCAAAUUCCAAAAACCUCCCUUACUACUUCAACCCUGCUACCAAAGAAUCGCGAUGGGAACCCCCCACCGGCACGGACACCGAGAAGCUCAAGGUAUACAUGGCGGAGCACCACAGCGGCCCCGCUGACCGUUACGCUUCGGGUGGCAGCGGUGGCGGCUCUGUUGAGGGCAAAAUCCGCGCUAGCCAUCUUCUGAUCAAACAUCGCGAGAGUCGACGGCCGAGCAGCUGGCGGGAGUCUGAGAUCACACGCUCUAAGGAGGAGGCAUUGGAGAUCUUGCGCGGUCAUGAGCGGCGUAUCAGAGCUGGGGAGGCGACGCUAGGGGACAUUGCGAUGUCGGAAUCGGAUUGUAGUAGUGCAAGGAAGAAGGGUGAUUUUGUUCAAUGA